AUGGCCGGUGAAAAGAUCCCGUCCAACCAGCCGGAGAAGCUCAGCAAUAUCCUGAAGCAGGAGAAGCGCGACUAUGACUGCACGCCAUGCACCGCAUUCCUCGGCCUCGCCGGUUACAGCUACAUCUCCGGAAUGAGCCAGCUCGAAAAGCAGCGCGCCGCGAUCAUCAAGAGCAAUUCAUGGUUGGGCAUGCGCGGCCGGAGGAUGGGCAUUGGUGGUCUAUCGCUGGGUCUGGCCUACUUGGGGCUGUAUAGGCUGUUUGCGUGA